AUGAACUACGUGCGAUCCAUCACCGGCUCCGUGUCCAAGGGCUGGAACUCGAUCAACCCAGCCACCCUCAGCGGCGCCAUCGAUGUCAUUGUCGUCGAGCGCGAAGACGGCAGCCUGGCCUGCUCACCUUUCCAUGUGCGCUUUGGCAAAUACCAGAUCUUGCGGCCCUCGGACAAAAAGGUGGAAUUCAGAGUGAAUGGCGACCUCCAAGACUACUCUAUGAAGCUGGGCGAGGGUGGCGAGGCCUUCUUCGUCUUCGAGACCUCGGCCUCCAUUCCUGCCGAAAUGCAGACGUCGCCCAUUGCCUCGCCCGUUGCCAGUCCCGAACAAAAGCCUGUGCAGUUGCCUGGCGAACGCGCCUUCGAUGACGAGCUGGAACCCCUUGAACUCGAUGGUAGCAGUGGCGCAUCACGGAGAGGGCGCAUGUCCAUGUCCACACCAUUGGAAGACAACCAAUACAGAGAAGCCGGGUUGGGACGGCCCAAGUCGGGAGACUGGUCAGGACUGCACAUACAAAGGGCGAACACAGACGAGGUGCUGCCUUCACAACGGGCAGAGUUUGCAAAGACCUUUGAAGAGCUCAGCGAAGGGGGGCCAGAGAAUGGACCGCUGCAAGUCAGCAAGGAGGAUGCGACGGCAUGGAACAGGACGACGCGCUCAGCAAGUCCUCCGCCAGUAUCGGCCACUGAGGCCCUGGCGCGCGCCAUCAAGCUGUCCAAGAAGCUAUUCACCUCCAACAUCCCCAAUAAAGUCACCGAGUCUGGAGAUCUGGAGCUAGACAUGACGGGUUACAAGAGCAGUGAGGAGGAAGCGCUACGUGCUGAGGUUGUCGCUAGGAAGAUUCUCUCUGACGAGCUUGCGGGCGAUUAUGACAUUGGUGCUCUCAUCGGAGCCGACGAGAACGGCAACUUAUGGAUCUACAGCAGCGAAGAGGCGAAAGCUGCUGCCAUGCAAAAGACGACCAUGAACAUCUUGAACGAGGCCGCUCUGCAGUCAUCAGACGCCGUAUCAGACCCCGGCUACCAAAGCGAUAGCAACCGCAGCGAUGACACGGCCGACUACUCCCACCUCCGCCGUGAUUCAGACAGCGCCCUAGGCGUGUCUGCUCCGCACUCCCCCGAAGCUCGCAAGGAGAAAUCCCGUACCUACGCCAAAACACUUCGCCUGACUAGCGACCAGCUCAAAGCCCUCAAUCUCAAGCCUGGGGCAAACACCAUGUCCUUUACCGUUAACCGCUCCACCUGCAAUGCCUACAUGUGGUACUGGCACCACUCGGUACCCAUUGUCAUAUCCGACAUUGAUGGCACUAUCACCAAAUCCGACGCUUUAGGACAUGUCCUCAACAUGAUUGGUCGAGACUGGACACACCAGGGUGUUGCCAAAUUAUACACCGACAUCGUCAACAACGGCUACAACAUCUUCUAUCUAACCUCGCGCUCAGUAGGCCAAGCAGACACGACCCGCGCCUACCUCAACGGCGUAGUCCAAGACAACUACCGUCUCCCCAAAGGCCCCGUCAUCAUGAGCCCAGACCGCACCAUUGCCGCUCUCCGCCGCGAGAUCUACCUGCGCAAACCCGAAGUCUUCAAAAUGGCCUGUCUGCGGGACAUUAUGCAACUCUUUGACAAGCCUCCACACCAAUCCCCUUUCUACGCCGGCUUUGGCAACCGCUUCACGGACGCGCUGUCCUACCGCUCCGUCAACAUUCCCAGCAUCCGCAUUUUCACCAUCAACAGCAACGCCGAGGUCAGCCUUGACGUGCUCUCCCUCAACAGCUACAAAACAGGCUACGCCUCCAUGCGCGAAAUCGUAGACCACUUCUUUCCGCCCGUUGGCCUCCUGGUCCCCGCCGGUGGCGAGGCCUAUACAGACUUCAACUACUGGCGCGAUCCCCCCCUCGACAUUGAAGACUUCACCGGCAGCGAAAGCGAAGGCGAGGACGAAGACGAAGACGACGAAGACGACGACGAGGCGCACACUCUGCACAGCGAAGACGAGGGCUCAGAAGUCGGCGAGGAUCUCGAGGCUAGCUAUCUCACCCAGGACUCCGUCGACGAAGACUACCUCGGCGACUCGGUCAUGGAGAGCGUAGAGGCCAAUUGUGCAGACCCGGAGGUCGACGCCGAGGAUGCUGGUGCAUGCUAUGACGAGCCGUUUGUGCGCGACGACGACGCGGAUGAGGCGGACGAUGGGGACGAUGAGCUGGAGCCGCGAGGUGGGAUGCCCAGUAUGUAUGGGCGCGGUGCUGAGCCAGAUGCAGAUGCAGAUGCAGAUGGCGACGGCGAUGACGACGGUGAGGAUGUCGCACCGAGCCAGCGCCUCGCAGACUUGGACCUAGUAGCCUCGCAAAACUCGCCCACACCGCGACCCAGUCCGAAGAAAAGCGCGGAUCCAAAUCCCCCGUCUUAA